AUGGCCUUGCGCGAGAGGCAAUGGCCGACCAUGACACCAAAAAGACUGCAGCUCAGUUUCAUCUGCAGGACCCUUCCCCAACUAAGGACGAAGCCGAGGUUUCAGAAACCUCCUCAGUCGAAUCAUCUGACGGCGAGGAAGUGGCAUAAGAACUUGACGAGGUUCAGCAGGAAAUCGCCCAAGAACCCAAAGACAUGCAGCUUAGAGAACGCUCGCGACAUCGACGAAGUGAUGGAUGCUUUCAUAAAGAUCCACCCACCUCCCAAGUACUCACCAGUUGCCGGAAAACUGGAAAUGCCCGUCAUCCUGCCUCAGCGUCGGCCAAAGAGCAAAGAACGAGGCUUUAUUCGCGCAUACGCGCCGAUGCUCCGAACAUGCGGCGUCGAGCAGGUAGAGUUUCUUGACUUUUUGGAUGGCUUCGGAAAAGCUCUUCAGCCUCAGUUCCUCCUCAUCGAUGCUGUGAGUAUGCACGCUGACUUUGAGUCGUCCAUUAGCUUCAGCCAGCUUUCCAUGCAUUCAAUCUGGCCUGGGCCAGAGCAGUCCUUGCCACCGACAUCGCCGUUGGCACCAUGUUUUUCGUCCUCGUCGGUGCCAUGGUCGUCCAUACAAAGUGUUGAGCUGUCUAGGAGACAAUACGUGAAAUAUGAGUCAAACAAGUAUCUGGACAACAUGAAGGAGAGCUUCUUCAAGCCCCGGGGUCUCUAUGCCUUGGUCAUGGCGUACAAACCCGAGUCCGACGAUUUAGUACAGCAUGUGGAUAUGAAUACCCAUGUGGUGACUUCGAUCGCAACUAGAGACUCUGGCCGUGGAAGUCGAUUUGCCAAUGCGGCAGGUUCUUCAAGAGAAAUCGAGAUCCCCGAGUCCGCCCCUCUUAUCUUCUCGGAGCUGGACGCUCUACCAGAGAGCGAGAAGGAGAAACGCAUUCAAGCGCAGCGGCAAGAGACUCGGCGACUAUUUUGA